AUGUCUUUCACUCUUCCCCGAGUGUUGGCUCCCGCUCGCACACGUCUCGCUGGAGCUGCUAUUACUGCUUCUCGUGUUUCACCUUCCUCGUCAAUCCGGUUGUAUUCUACUUCGAAAAGCACAUUCAGUCCUCAAGAUCUCCACAAUGUGUCUCACAGCCCGGACCACAUCCAAUUGAAAGCGCCGGCGAAGGAGCUCUUGCGCAAUCAUCACCGAUUCGGCGAGUUCAAUCUCGAGGGUCGAGUAUAUGCUAUUACUGGCGGUGGACGAGGGCUGGGACUAUCAAUGGCGGAAGCAUUGAUCGAGGCUGGAGCAAAAGUGUAUUGUCUCGACCGCUUGGAAACCCCUCACCCAGAUUUCCUCCUUGCAAAAGAAUGGGCCUCGGCUGACUACGGCUGCAGCUUGGAAUACGUCUGUAUCGAUGUCCGCAACAAGGCCAAAGUAAACGACGCGUUCGCAGCCAUUGCAGCGCAGGACAAGCGAUUAGACGGUCUGAUCGCUGCCGCCGGGAUCAACCACCUCCAAAGCGCGCUGGAGUAUUCACAGGAGUCUUUGAACGAGGUGAUGUCCAUUAAUUACAAUGGCGUGUUCAAUGCAGCCACCGCUGCUGCCCAGCAGAUGGUCAACUACCAGCAGAAAGGCUCCAUUCUACUGGUGGCCAGCAUGAGCGGACUUGUCGCAAACAAGGGCAUGACGUCACCGGUAUACAACUCGUCUAAAGCAGCGGUAAUCCAACUAGGCCGGUCUCUCGCUAUGGAAUGGGGUCGCCACGGUAUCCGUGUCAACAACCUGUGUCCCGGUCAUAUCAUUACCCCGAUGGUUGCCGAGGUGUUCCAGCAAAAUCCAGCUGCCCGGGCCGUUUGGGAAGCAGAGAAUAUGCUUGGUCGCUUGGCGCUGCCGGAGGAGUUCCGAGGCACAGCGCUCUUCUGUCUGUCUGAUGCGAGCAGUUUCAUGACUGGAAGUACGCUAGUCAUUGAUGGAGGUCAUACUGCUUGGUAA